AUUACUACGGAGUGAUCGGCUUUCCAACGUGUUUUUCCUAAGGCUCCCCUAAGGCUCGAUACGUUCCACCCGGUGCCCGGUGCACGAUCGGAUACUUAACGAGAAUUCAAAGUGUGAUUUGAAACGAGAAACGAGUGAGAACAACCAACAUUUUAGUGUGAUACUACAACUGUGAUUCGUUUGCUGUUGGGCCACUUUAACUAAUUUCUUCGCCCUGGUGGUACAUCGGUUCAACCGAAAUUACCCUUGAGUUGUCCAGUACGGUGGGAAAUGAUAUUGAACGUAAACAGGACCAAGCUGCUGCUUGUGUCGGUUCUGGCAGCGAUCGUCGUGGUGGCCGUCGUAGUCGGACUGGUGAUCGGUUUACGCUCACGUGACCCGCACCCCAAACUAACCGGUGGGGCCGUCACCGCGAACGGAGUUGAGUGUGCGGCGAUCGGAGCAGACAUUCUGCGUCAAAAUGGUUCCGCCGUCGAUGCCGCCAUUGCGACGCUCUUCUGCGAAGGUGUCACCUGCCCCCAGAGUAUGGGCCUUGGCGGUGGAUUCCUGGCCACGCUCUACUUUCGCGAAGGCGCCCAAGCGGAAGCGCUCAUUGCGCGAGAGGUCGCACCGGCGGCAGCCACUGCGGACAUGUACGUGAACGUUACCACGGUGACGGGUGGCCUGGCGGUGGCCGUCCCCGGUGAGCUGAAGGGCUACUGGGAGCUCCAUCAACGGUACGGGAGGCUCGAGUGGAAAGCGCUGGUCGAACCGACGAUCAAGCUGUGCCGGGAGGGCCACCUGGUCACCGGGUAUCUGGAGCGCAUUCUGAAGGACCGCACCGACCGUAUCCUCGGGGAACCGUCGCUGCGCGAAGUGUUCAUCGAUCCGGCCACCCAAUUACCGUGGCGCGAGGGCGAUCGGCUGAAGCGACCCGCUCUGGCCGCAACACUCGAGGUGAUCGCUGACGAGGGUGUCCACGCGCUCUACAGCCGCAACGGGACACUGUUGCCCCGCCUGAUGAACGAUCUCAAACGAUUCGGCAGCAUCAUCACCGAAGACGAUUUCUACAAAUAUGAACCACGGUGGGUAGCUCCGGUGCGAACCAGUAUUAGAAAGUCUAGUCAAGUCUACAGCAUACCGCUCCCGGGCAGUGGCACGCUGCUGAACUACAUGCUAAACAUUUUGGACAACUACGGCGAACUGCGGCGGGACGAUCCCCUGACCUGGCACCGGAUCAUUGAGAGCUUCAAGCACGGCUACGGGCUACGGACGCGCGUCGGCGACCCGCCGUUCGUGCCCGGUGUCGAGCGAGAGCUAACCAAGCUGACGAGCAAAACCUACGCCCGGUUCAUCUACGAAGGCAUCGAGGAUGAUCGGACGCACUCCGAUUACCAGCACUACGGUGCCGAGUUUGCCACCGAGAACGAUCAAGGCACGGCGCACGUGUCGGUGCUGGCUCCCAACGGUGAUGCCGUCUCGGUAACGAGCACCAUCAACACUAUAAACAUCUCCGGCCGAAUGAUGAAACGUAGAACGAUUAUGACGCUCAUAAUCGCCACGAUCGUGCUCACGAUCAUUGUGCUCGUCAUUGUGAUCGCGUCUCGCGGAAACACUAGGCCGGCCGCUCGGCAACAUGCAGGAGCCGUGGUAGCGAACGGAGCAGAGUGUGCCGCGAUCGGUGCCCAGAUCCUGCGACUCAAUGGGUCGGCGGCGGAUGCCGCGAUCGCCACGCUGUUCUGCGAAGGGGUCACCUGUCCGCAGAGCAUGGGACUGGGCGGUGGAUUCCUGCUGACGAUCUACGAUCGCAACAACGGCUCGAUCAUGGCGCUUAACGCACGUGAAGUGGCUCCGGCAGCCGCACAGCGGGAUAUGCUGACCAGUGUGGCGAAGGAACGUUUCAAUGACACGCGUGGCCUCACGGUGGCCGUCCCGGGUGAGCUGAAGGGCUACUGGGAGCUCCACCAACGGUAUGGGAGACUCGAGUGGAAAACGUUGGUCGAACCGACGAUCCAGCUAUGCGAACGGGGACACAUCGUGACGCCGUACCUGAGCCGGAUCUUACAGAGAGUCGAACCGCAGCUGCACGCCGAACCAUCGAUGCGGGAAGUGUUCAUCAAUCCGGCCACAAACCGCACCUGGCGGGAGGGAGAUACUAUCAAGCGGGUCCAACUGGCCGCAAGCUUACGUAUCGUGGCGACUGAAGGGGUGGACAGCUUGUACAGCCGGAACGGAACACUGCUCAGGGACCUGAUGAAAGAUCUGCGUGCCUUCGGUAGCAUCAUCACUGAGGACGACUUUUUAAAUUAUAGGCCACGCUGGGAGCCGGCUGAUACGGUGGAACUUGCAUCCGGGGCACAAGUGCACUCCAUCGCGAUUCCGGCCAGCGGAACAAUCCAGAACUUUAUGCUUCGCAUCCUGGACGGGUACACCGAGAUGCGCCUCAAGGAUCCGCUUACUUGGCACCGAAUAGUGGAGAGUAUGAAGUUCGCGUACGGACUGCGAACGCGUCUCGGUGAUCCAGCACACACCGCGGAGGCAAGAGACGUGAUACGGAACAUGACCGAUCCGCAGUUUGCAACGUUCAUCCGGCAGCAUCUUAUCGACGAUAACGCUACGCACACCGACUUCAAGUACUACGGUGCCGAGUUUGCGGAUGUAAAGGACCAGGGCACGGCACACAUCUGCGUGUUGGCUCCCAAUGGCGACGCUGUCUCGGCGACGAGCACGAUCAACUAUCUACUUGGUGCCAAAAUACGAUCGCGGUCAACCGGCAUCAUCCUGAACGAUGAGAUGGAUGAUUUUUCCACACCCGGAACAGUGAACACGUACGGGCUGCCAGCAUCGCCGGCCAACUUUAUCAGCCCCGGGAAAGUUCCCCUCUCCUCGAUGACGCCAACGAUCGUGACGGACAAAGCGGGUAACAUACGCAUGGUGCUCGGUGGUGCCGGAGGGAGUCGGAUUACCAGCGCCACGGCCGUUAUGAUCUACCGUCACCUGGUGUUCGGGGACAGUCUGACGACGAUCAUGAACGAGAAGCGCCUGCACCAUCAGCUGGCCCCAAUGUGGGUCGACUAUGAGCCCGGUUUCGAUCAAAAGAUUCUGGAAGGGCUCGUUCACAAAGGACACCAGGUGAAGGAGAAAACACCGGAUGCCGGCUUUGCAGCGGCCACCGGAAUCGUUAUGGAUGGCGCGUUCACGGUCAACGCGGCCUUUGACCCACGCCGAGGGGGCAGUGCGGAAAUUGUCAAUGCUUGAACAUCGGCAUCCAAUUGCCGAGACUUGGUGUACAAUUUGUACCUAGCGAAUCUCUUUAUGCCUCGUACGAUGAGCGAUUUCAGUACGAUUGGUUUUGUACUGAUAAUAAACUAUAUCAAUU